AUGUCUUGUUUAGUAUCUUACUCAGAUAGUGACGAGGAAAGAACAGAUGGAACUAGCGAUACACAUACAUCUGACAGUAGAGUUGGGAACAGAUUAAAAAGAUGUUCCUCCCCUGAGGUUAAUUUAGAGACAAAGAAAGUAAAACACAGUGCGAAUGUCUUGCCCCUUCCUGACACGAUAAAAUCUUUGUUUGCUGAAAAGUCUCGAACUCAUCAAGAUGACCCCGAAAAACAUGACGGACGGAUACGUUCAUUCGCACAUGAGGAAGGAAGCUGGGCUACACAUGUGCACAUCCCAUAUGAUCAUGAUUCACGAUUUAAUGACUUAGUCAGUGAGCUAUUGCUUUGUUUACGUCCGCUGGACUUCAAGCCAAUGGAAAGUUUUCACAUCAGUCUCUCUCGGACUGUCAGUUUACGUCACCAUUGGAUCAAAUCACUCACUGACUCACUCCAGGCCAAGGCACGAAUACUGCACAAGUGUUACUGUGAGAUGAUAUCUGUGAAGUUAUACACAAAUGAUGAGAAGAAUAGAACAUUUGUGGCAGUUGAGGUACACUCUCAUCCAGCUGUGCUAAGGGACUACGUUGUAGCUGUUGACAAGUGCCUUGAGGAGUUUGGACUUCAGAAAUACUACAAGGAUCCGUCAUUCCACAUGAGUGUAGGAUGGUGCCUUGGAGAUGUUCUUCCUGAUGUCACAGAUGAAAAGAAACGACAACUACAGGUAGUCCUGGACGGAUAUCUACAUACUAAUCCGGACCUUAAACUCCUCCCUGUGGACCAGAUACAGUGUAGAUCGGGCAACAAGGUCUUUACAUUUACGCUGGAUACAUGA